GACUUCUAGACUUGAUGACACUUUUUAAGGAGGUGGCUUUUAAGGACGUUCCUGGAAUUGUAACAAUUUUUUGUUUUUGAUAAAUUUUCCUUCAUUUUUCUUUGUAUAUCUACAAAUCCUUGCAUCUAGGAGUUUUGUUUGGAGGCGGUUGCUAGGCAGCACAGAAGUUCGGGUGGUACUCGAAAAAUGUCAAUAUGGCCCCUCUGCUGCCCCCAGUUGGUACGGAGGUGUUUAGACGCUUCACACCAGCCUCAUUGGAGGAAAUUCAGCGUAAGCAUGAAGCUGAAGCGAAGCAGCAGCAAAUCAGAAAGGAAAAGAACAUCAAGAUAGCAAAGAAGUAUCUUCCUAAACCAGCAGGUGACCUGGAGGAUGGGAAGCCCCUCCCGUUGUUCUAUGGAGACCGGGCCCAGGAGUUUCUCAACGUCCCAUUGGAGGACAUGGAUCCCUUCUACCAAUCACACAAGACCUUUAUUGUUCUCAGUAAAGACAAAAUCAUCUACAGGUUCAACGGAGAACCAGCUUGUUACCUGCUGAGUCCCUCCAACCCUCUGAGGAUCUUCUCCAUCAGGAUCCUCAUCCAUUCUUUAUUCAGUUUUUUCAUCAUAGCGACUAUCCUGACCGACUGUGUGUUCCUGGCCAUGAGUGACCCUCCAGAAUGGAGCAAGACAGUGGAAUAUGUGGUCAUGGUGAUCUACACGUUUGAGGUAAUCAUCAAAGUUUUAUCCAGAGGGUUCUGUGUGGGAAACUUCACCUUCCUCAGAAACCCGUGGAACUGGCUGGACUUCAUGGUCAUCAGCAUGAUAUACCUAGCAGAGUUUGUCCCCUCUGAAAAUGUAUCAGCACUGAGGCCAUUCAGAGUUCUUCGAGUCCUGAAAAUCAUCACAGUAUUCUCUGGCUUAAGGACAACCUUUGGUGCUGUCAUCCAGUCAAUGAAGAAGCUGCGUGAUGUCAUGAUUCUGACCUUCUUUUUUGUCAGUGUCUUUGCUCUGAUUGGUUUUCAGCUUUUUAUGGGAAACCUCAGACAAAAAUGCGUUUUGACCCUAUCAAGCAAUAGCAACACAUCAGGAGCCUUCAACAUCAGUUCCCACGGAAACAACAGCAGCGACUUUGAUUUCUACACACACAUUAACAACCCAGACAAUUAUUACCACCUACCUGGUCAACUUGAUGCUCUGCUGUGUGGAAACAGCUCUGAUUCAGGGACCUGUCCAGAUGGAUACAUGUGUCUGAAGGCAGGGAGAAACCCAAACUAUGGGUAUACCAGCUACGACAGUUUUGGUUGGGCGUUUCUGUCUCUGUUCAGACUCAUGACCCAGGACUUCUGGGAAAACCUCUUCCACCUGACGCUGCGAGCUGCAGGUAAAACCUACACCAUCUUCUUCGUGGUCGUCAUCUUCCUUGGUUCCUUCUACCUCAUUAAUCUCAUCCUGGCGGUGGUUAUCAUGGCGUACGCUGAGCAAAACAGGGCUAACAUCACCAAGGCCAAACAGAGAGAAAAGGAGUAUGCCCGCAUCCUUAAGGAGUUAAAGAAGAGAGAAGAGAAGGUACAAUGUAAUGGAGGGAAAGCUUCCAUCACGUUUCAGUACAAAGCUGAAUGUUUGUUUUCUUUACAUCAGACGGUCAAGAGGGCGGCGCCCUUGGAGAAAAACGGCUCUGCAUCUCAGAGCCAUGAGGAAGAUACUACCACGGAUGACCUUGAGGACAACCAGGAGCCACGUUCUUCACGCCGCCACGUCGUUGCUGACACCUUCCUGAAGUGGGAUUGUUGUGGCUGUUGGAGAUGGUUAAAAAAGCUUCUGCAUACUAUUGUCAUGGAUCCAUUUGUGGACAUCACCAUCAUUGUCCUCUACAUUAUCUUGAUGGCCACUGAGCACUAUCCGAUGACUCCGGAGUUUUAUGAGCUUAUCAACACUGGAAACCUGGUGCUUACAGGGAUCUUAAUAGCUGAGAUGGUUCUCAAAAUUCUGGCGAUGGAUCCAUAUCAUUACUUUCAGGAAGGCUGGAAUAUCUUUGACAGCAUUGUCGUCGCCAUGAGUCUGGUGGAUCUAGGACUGGCUAAUGUUCAUAGACUAGCUGUGUGGCGGCCCCUCAGAUUGAUAAGAGUGUUUAAGCUAGCCAAGUCGUGGCCAGCUUUCAACAUGUUGAUAAAGAUCAUCCGCAACUCUUUGAGAGCCCUGGUGAACUUGACGCUGGUUCUCGCCAUCAUUGUCUUCCUCUUCACUGUAUUUGGGAUGCAGUUGUUUGGAAAGAGCUACAAAGACAGUGUCUGCCGCAUUGCAAUAGACUGUGAGCUUCCUCGCUGGCACAUGAACGACUUCUUUCAUGCCUUCCUCGUCAUCUUCAGGAUUCUGUGUGGCGAGUGGAUCGAGACAAUGUGGGACUGUAUGGAAGUUGCAGGGAAGCCUAUGUGUCUGAUUGUCUUCAUGAUGGUACUGGUGAUUGGAAAACUAGUGGUCCUGAAUCUGUUCCUGGCCUUGCUGCUAAGCUCGUUCAGUGGGGACAAUCUUGCAGUUACAGAAGAUGAAGGAGAAAACAAUCUCCAGAUUGCCAUAAACCGGAUCAGCAGGGGUACAGCAAGGACCAAGGCCUGGUUCUGGACUUUGCUGGGAAAGAAAACAAACGUAAACUCAGAUGUAAAUGAUGUAACCUGUGAAGAAGGGGACAAAUCAAAGGAAGUUUUACCUCUGACAAUCGUGAAUUCAGAGCAGUCGGUGGUAAAAGUCCAAGACUCCACAGUAACCAAAAUCUGCUUUGAAGCCAAGUCUGACUCUGAGAUAUCUAAAAAUAAAGAUGGAGAAGAUAAUGAGAAGGACGAUCAAGAUGAACAGCUUGCACAAGGUGGUAAGUCUUUGGACUGCAGUGACACCGAGAGAUUUCCUGUAAUCUCAGUCAUAAAAGAGGUAGACGACACUCCUGAUGACUGUUUCACAGAAAAGUGUUACAGUUGCUGUCCAUGCCUGGACAUAGACACGUCCCAGACCAUCGGAAGGAUCUGGUUAUAUAUCAGGAAAACUUCCAUCGCCAUCGUAGAGUCCAAGUACUUUAAGUCAUUCAUCAUCAUCAUGAUCCUGCUGAGCAGUGCAGUCCUGGCCUUUGAGGACAUCUACAUUGAGCAGCGCCGGGACAUCAAGAUAAUUCUUGACUAUGCAGAUCAGGUUUUCAACUUUGUGUUUGUGGUGGAGAUAAUUUUCAAGUUGGUUGCCUAUGGGUGUAAAAGCUUCUUCUCCAAUGCCUGGUGCUGGCUGGACUUCCUCAUUGCAGAUGUGUCUCUGGUGUUGCUGUCAGCAAACAUCCUGGGAUACUCUGAGCUGGGAGCAAUCCAAUCUCUGAGGACUCUGAGAGCAUUAAGGCCCCUGAGAGUCUUGUCUUGCUUUGAGGGCCUGAGGGUGGUGGUUAAUGCACUGGUUGGUGCCAUCCCCUCCAUCUUCAAUGUGCUGCUGGUCUGUCUGGUCCUCUGGCUCAUCUUUAGCAUCAUGGGUGUGAACCUGUUUGCAGGGAAGUUUUAUUACUGCUUCAACGAAACAUCAGAGGAGUAUUUCUCUCCUGAGGAAGUCAACAAUAAAUCCCAGUGUUUCGAUCUGAUUGAGGAAAACUUCUCCGAGGUUCGUUGGAGGAACACAAAGCUCAACUUUGACAACGUUGGGAUGGGCUUCCUGUCUCUGCUGCAAGUGGCCACAUUUAAAGGCUGGCUGGACAUCAUGUAUGCAGCGGUGGACUCCACAGAGAUGGAGUCCCAGCCAGCGUAUGAGCACAGCCUGUACAAAUACAUGUACUUCGUCUGCUUCGUCAUCUUUGGCUCCUUCUUUCCCUUCUGCCUCUUCAUCACCUCACUCAUCAACUUCAACCAGCGUAAACCAAAGCCUGUAGAAAUAGAACCCCCGAUAAAAUGGAUCCCCAGAGAGCCUCCUUCCCGACCAACAAACAAGUUUCAGGGUUUAGUCUUCGACCUUGUGACCAAUCCAUUUUUUGAUAUGCUCAUCAUGGUGUUGAUCGGCCUUUAUACGUUGAUGAUGAUGGUGGAAACAGACGAGCAGAGUCCUAAGAUGGAAGAAAUCCUGUACUGGGUCAACCUCGUUUUCAUCAUGAUCUUCAGCAUAGAGUGCUGUCUCAAAAUGAUCGCUCUACGAAAGCACUACUUUAAUGUCGGAUGGAACAUAUUUGACCUUGUGGUGGUUUUACUGUCUGUUGUUGGCUUUCUUCUUGCCGAUAUCAUCGAGAAGUACUUCGUUUCUCCCACUCUAUUCCGUGUGAUCCGACUGGCUCGCAUUGGCCUGAUCCUUCGUCUCAUUCGCAGAGCGAAGGGAAUUAGAAAGCUGUUGUUUGCGUUAAGGAAGUCUCUUCCUGCUGUUUUCAACCUAUGCAUCCUCCUCUUCAUCAUCAUGUUUGUCUUCGCUAUCUUUGGGAUGUCUAAUUUUGCUUACGUGAAGAAGGGGUUCAUGAUUGAUGACAUUGUUAACUUUGAGACCUUUGGGAACAGUAUGAUCUCCAUGUUUACGAUCACCACAUUAGCUGGAUGGGACGGUCUUCUCUAUCCCAUCAUGAACACACCUCCAGACUGUGAUCCAGGCUUUGAAAACCCAGGCACAUCUGUUAGAGGAAACUGUGGCAGCCCUGCAGCAGGCAUUGUCUUCUUGACUUCGUAUGUCAUUGUGUCCUUUCUGGUGGUGGUCAAUAUAUACAUCACCAUCAUCCUGGAGAUAUUUAAUGUCGCCACAGAGGAGAGCGCCGACCCACUUUCUGAGGAUGACUUUGAUAUGUUCUAUAAAACCUGGGAGAAGUUUGACCCUCGAGCUUCGCAAUUCAUACACUACAGUGAGCUGUCAGACCUCUGUGAUGCUCUACAGGAUCCUCUCAGGAUUCCCAAACCCAACACCAUCAACCUGUUGCAAAUGGACUUGCCUUUGGUUCAAGGAGACAGGGUCCACUGUCUGGACGUCCUGAUAGCUCUCACUGAAGAGGUUUUUGGUGAAUCCCAGGCAACAGAGGAACUAAAGUCUACCAUGGAGUGGACGUUCAUGGCCAACGUUGCUUCAGAGGAGAGUUUAAGACCAAUCGUCAGCACCUUUCGAAAGAAACACGAGGAGAUGGCAGCGACAGCGAUCCAGAGAGCCUACAGGAGACACGUUCAGCAGCGAGUGAACAAGCAGGAGUCCUACCAGUAAAGAGAAAAGACAGAGGGACAGGUGGCCAGGGGGACAAUCUGUCUCCACCAGAGAAUGAUAUUGCAAUCAGGCAAAUAAUGGUAUAUCACACUUAAAUAAAGUGAAAGCAAACAUUAAGCAGUGAUCUAAUGACAAACACUCUUUCUUGUGCCAAUUGAUUUACACAAUUUUCAACAAAUUCAAUUAACUUCAGUUCUCAUGAACAAUAACUCGAAGAAAUGUUGAAGAUACUUGUCAUAUUGCGAUUUCACCUCUUACCACUAAAAAUCACGAAAUUAGAUUUUUUUUAGAUUUAAAUAUAUCAGCACUAAUAUUGGUAUUGGCCGAUAGACAUAUCUGUACCAGCCUGAUAAAUAAAACAGCAUCGAUAAUAAUAACCAAUAUUUAUUUCCAUCUUGUUUCUGGGGGGAAGUGGAGGAGGUUGGCCAUGUAGUGUUUGUUUGGUCAGAUGACAAUGAUAGUGAUGCAGCAAAGGAUUAUAGGAAGUUUAAUUGAAGUCAGCAGUGUGGUCGUAUUUUUUGAGUGAAAUAUAUACGAUAGUGGGGGAUGUUAUAUCCGAUAUCGGUGUCAGCCCAAAUUUUCAUAUAUAUUAAGAAAGAAUAAAAGUUAAAGUAUAGAUUGUACUCCUUAACUUGAGUUAAAGUAAAAAAAAAGUAUAGCUUUUAAAAAGGUACUUAAGUACAAAAGUAAAAAAAAAUUUCACCUCCAAUGGCACAAAAGGGCUUCAGAGGUCUAGUAAACUAAAAGAAAAAAGUUAAAAU